AUGGCACUGAAACACAGCAGUGAGGUGUUUGCCGUGUUGAAAGAUGAGUUGUCGAACUGCACGCCUUUGGCGGACGAGCUCUCAGUGGUCUUGGGAUGUGGCCGUGAGUUCUUGGAGAGUCUUCCAGUGGAGGAUCAGGAGCGAGGCUUGGAGCUCUUCAGAGAAAUGACGGAGUGGCAAAAGAUGCAGCGUGGAUCUAGGCAAUCUUUGGGGCCUUUGGCUGUUUCAGCCUUGCUGCACCCCGAAAGCGGCCGAGAGAUCAUCUUGGUGGGAACUCCGCACUCUUUGCCAGGGGCUGUCGCCGUGACAAACCCGGUGCCGAAGGCAGUGCAGCGUACCGUGAAGGCCUUGAAGCCGGAGCUGGUGGCGGUGGAGUUGGACGAGGCGCGAGGUGUGCGCGAGUUGGAGAAACGACCCAAACUUCGAGGCCCCGCUUCGUCAUGGAGCCGAGCUGUCCAGGGCUUCCUUGCUCUUCGUGGCCGCUUGGUCGGCCCGUGCCUCUUUCGGCUGCUGCGACUGCUGCUGGCGGCGCUGACGCCCUAUGUGCUGAUUGUGGGCUCGGCGAGGUUGGUGACCUGCGAAUGGUUCCUGUACAUGGAGUACUACCGCCACGGCUUUCCAGCAGAUCCCUAUGGUUUCGAAGCCAAGGAUAGGAUGGACUUCGGUGUCUACUGCAUCAGGUAUAUGACGAACAACGAGGACAUCCAAUACCUGGAAUCUCUCACGCUUCCGGCGGAAUUGUGUGUGCAGAAGCAUCCAGAGACAAGUUCCACCACAGGAGCCUGUCAGAUGUUCUCGGUGAAGGAGCUGAAACAUAUGAAAGAUGUGCAGUUCCUGGCUCGUUGCGUCUUUAGGAGCUUUUGGCUUCUCUUGUUUUUGCAGCUGAAGAUUCUGGCUUUCCUCCACUUUACCGAAGGGAUGCCGGAUUUGCCUCGCCGCAGCCUCGUGAUGGGAAGCGCUUUGACCUAUGCCACGAUGUUCUCCGUUUUAGCCUUCGCCCUCCUGGCCUUCAACACUGCUUUCAAGAAGUUUCAUCGGAUCUUCUUCCACGACGGGACAUGGACCUUUCCCGUGAGUAGUACCUUAAUCCGGCUCUACCCGCAACGUUUCUGGAUCGAUGCCACGAUCACCGUGGGACUUUUCACCUUGCUAGGUGCUACGAUGAUCCUAUUCUUUGCACGGCGGAAGCAGAAGAAAGACGCACGUCUCGAUGUAACGCCGGGCUUCGCCGAAGCCGGGGACCACCGACAGGGACCACCAGCCAGGUUUCUAGGGCCUACGGCCACGCCAGGGCAAUCUCCCAUUCUCUUGCCUGACUCGGAGGGCUCUCCGCUGCAGGGCCUGUUUCAGAUUUUCUCGCAGCCCGAAUUGGGCCUGGAUGAGGAGUUACUUCAGCGGAUCAGGGCCAAGGCCGGAAGUCGUCUCAGCGUGAAGGGAUAUCUUCGCGCUCUUCGGCAGAUCUAUGCCAAGAGCAGUGAGAAGUGUCUGGUCUUUGCGCUCGAUGAGCUCCGGGCCGAGGGCGACGGAGAUUGGGGUCAAGAUGCCACGGCGGCGGUUCUUGCGGCGCAACGAGCCGAGCUCCCCAUCCUGUUCUGCGACUUGCCACAGGAGUGGACGUUGGGCAAAGUGAUUCCAAUUUACAACAAAGAAUGGGUUGCAGCGCGCGGCAAACGUUUGAAGUUCUUGGAAGACCUGGACGUAGCCACCCGGUUCCUUCAGGCUGAAGAAGCCAUGAUCCGCGAAGCAGUGAUGUCUGGGCACGGAGGAGAUUUGCCUUCCUUGGACUAUGGGCUCGGCUUAUGCCGUCCAGCCGUGGGAUUUGCUGAAGCUGCUACACGGCGUCUUUGGCUGGAAGAACGCGACCCCGCGAUGGCCAACGCUGUGACCUCUGCCUUGGAAGGCCGUGCACGCGUCUUGGAGGGCAAACACUCACGCUUGGAAGCGAAGCAACGUGCGGUGCUGCAGGUGGGUUGUUGCCACGUGGAAGGCAUCGUGAAGUCUCUGCAGCAGCAUGGCUACAAGGUCGUCCCUGAACCGCAGGGAGGCUGGCCGGACCUCACCUCCAAGGGCAAAGUACCUGUGAGGACCAAAAAAACUUCACGACAAAGCAAAAACGUGCGGAGCAAACCGCGCGCUGCGGGCUUUGCGUAA